AUGGCUGGCCUCCAGGCGGGUCCUGACCCGGCGGAAGCCUACCUGAGUGUUGUCUCAGGUCACGGGUAUAACUCGGUCCCGGAUUUCUCGCUCACGACCACAGAGAAGACAUGGGUCACGGAAUGGGCUAACCUCUCGGGUGGCUUUACCCCUUACACAUUCUUUGGGAAUGGUGGGUCAGGGGAGGGAUUGACCUGGGCGCGAAAUAUUCAAGUUGGGCUUGUGAAAGCCAAUAAUUCGACCACAGACAGUGGACUCAUCAAUCUCAUCGGGGAUGAAGUCAUUCCUAGCAAGCGCUUCUGGGCCUUCGCCCAGUUUAGUCGUCUAGCGUGGCCAGGUGCCCGUCGGGUGGAUGCUAGCAGUUCCGAUUCUUUGCUGUAUGUCAGUUCAUUUUUGAACAUCGACGGAAGUAUCGCCACUCAAGCAAUCAACAAUAACACACAAGCGUACGAGGUCAGCUUCAAGGUCCAUACACGUGGGCAUAUUGGUACUGCGCAGCCCUGGGUGACAAACAAUGACCACGACCUUACGCCUCUCAAGUUCAUUCGUGUUGGAAAUGAUGACACUUUCAAGUAUGUGAUCCCCGCCCACUCAAUGAUAACAUUUGUGUGCUCCUGA